AUGAUCAGCAAAAGCAUAAGAAAGUAUUUGGGUCUGCUAAUGCUCAUUCUGUCAGUGUCGUGUGUCUAUCUCUUCGUGCAGCACCAGCAGACACUUACAUCCCAGCAGAAAACACUCAGCUUCAUAGAAAACAUCCACAGCAUACCGAUAUUUUCUGGAGAUGAGCCGUCGAUGCAUUAUGCAGGCCCUGACGCUGAGCCGCAGCCCAUUCUUCAGAGCUCCAGACCUAGCAAAUACUACGAAACAAGCAAGGAUACAGUUGAGACUCUCCACUCUGUUUCCGACAGAAACAAGGAUGUUCUGCAGCAGAUCACAUUUAUACUGGAUGUUCUGAACAUUGGCAGCAACGAUCUGGCAGGGCUGAUCUUAGACUCGGUAAACAGAAAUGCCGGCUGCCGCUUCCAUAUUGAAAAUCUCAAGGGAUUCUUUGUGUUCAAGAUCAAGAUCGACACUAAGUUCUACAUCUUGAAGCAGCUGGCUGGCAGCAGAGACUACAACAUCAACGACCUGCUGAUAACCAACUUUGAUUCCCCAUACAUAGCCAACAUAAUCAGUGCAUUCCGCAGAGACUCAUACAGCGGUGAAUCAGUUGGAAACACCUGGUAUGUCUCGGAGUACCUGGAUGUGCCAAUAUUUGGCGACUGUGUCAUGAACGGCGGCAUCGCUGUGCUCAGAACGAUAGCCCAUGACUUGCUCGAGGCCCUAGAGUGUGUCCACAGUAAGAGAUACGUGCACCAGGACCUGUUUGCACGAAAUGUGGCGGGAAAGACGGAGCCAAACAAUGAGGUUGUGUUCAAGCUGUUCGACUUUGGAGUGGCAGAGAGGAUAGAAGACGAAAAGGGGUUCGUAAGU